GAGACUGACAGAGCAAACACAGGAGCUGAGGCAUUGGUUUGGAAGAGUAGCAUGUGUCCCUGUGAGAGAGAGAUGAGGUAAAAACAUUCAGAAGGAUAUAGAGAUGGAGAAAAGCAGCCUCAUGGAGAGCCAGAGAAGCCCUGGAGGCAUUACCCUGUUCCCUGGCUUAACUGCAGUUUUUGCUGUGCUUUUGUUCCGUAUGAAUAGAUGUUGUUGAAAGCCAAAGUGGAAGAGCAAACUUUUCAACGGUAGAAUGAAUCACUAAGCAGUGAGAAUAUCACAAAGUGUACAGAUAAUUCUACUCACAAAACUAUUUUAAACUGACAACUAACUUUUCAAUUUAAGCGUUAUGACCAGGGAAGAAGGUUACAGAGAAGAAUUUAAUUAUGACAGGAUGCCAACUUUGGAGCGUGGAAAGCAAGAGAAUGGAAAUUAUGUACCAGAUAUCAAAUCUAGUGACCUUCAGAUAUCAAAGAGAUUUCAUCCUUGCUUUAGUUAUAGAACAUGGAUCUUUUCUUUGUUGAUGGGGACUUGCCUUCUUGUUACUUCUGGAUUUUCACUGUAUCUGGGAAAUGUUUUUCCAUCUGAAAUGGAUUAUUUACGUUGUGCAGCAGGUUCAUGUAUUCCUUCAGCAGUUGUGAGUUUUGCUAUAGCAAGAAACAAAGUUAAUGUGAUACCCAAUUUCCAGAUUCUAUUUGUUUCUACAUUUGCUGUAACAACAACGUGUUUAAUUUGGUUUGGAUGCAAACUUGUCCUUAAUCCAUCGGCAAUAAAUAUAAAUUUCAACUUGAUUCUGCUAAUUCUGCUGGAAAUCUUCAUGGCAACUACUGUGAUCAUUUCAGCUAGGUCUAAUGAAGACUGCUGUAGGAGGAAGAAAAGUACCGUGUAUGACAGUACCAGCGUUUUGAACUAUGUCAGCUUUCCUACCCGAAUUCUGAAAUCCUAUUCAGUAAUUGAAGUGAUUAUUGGAAUUUCUGCAGUAUUUGGUGGAAUAAUUGCUUUGAAUAUGGAUGUGUUAGUCUCAGGUCCAUACCUUUCAGUAACAUUCUUUUGGAUCUUAGUGGCUUGCUUUCCAAGUGCCAUUGCAAGUCAUGUAGCUGCUGAAUAUCCAAGUAAAUGUUUGGUUGAGGUCCUGAUUGCCAUAAGCAGUGUCACUUCUCCAUUGUUGUUCACUGCUUCUGGAUACUUAUCCUUCAGUAUCAUGCGAGUUAUUGACAUCUUUAAAAAUUAUCCACCAGCAGUUAAACAAUCUUAUGAUAUACUUCUGUUACUUCUGAUGCUGAUGCUGUUAAUUCAGGCAAUGCUUACCAUUGGCACUGUCAUCCAGUGUGUAAGUUACAAGACAAAAAUGAAGCUGCAUGAUUCAUCUUGGGCAAUGCCACAGAUUAGUAAACAGGAGUACAAAACAAUGGAGGUUUCCAAUAAUACCAUAAAGGAUUUUGACAAAGACAAAGCGUGGAAAGCUGUUGUGGUACAGAUGGCUCAGUAAGGUGGAUUCAGCAAGUAGAAUAUAAUACAAUAAAUCAACUAUUAUAUUUAAAGCUUCUUAACUGUAGCAGUUUGUAGACAGUGCUAUAGCUCCAGCUGUAGGGACCAAGGAAUAACAAAAUUUAUUUUCAAGGUAAAUACUGUACCUUUCUAAUAAAUUUGAAAUAUAUAGGUGAAAUUUCUUAAUGCAACUUUAUCUUUUGUGUGAGGAUAUUAUUUGAUGGUAGGUUGCUGAUAGUAUCUAAAUGUUUAGUGUUUUGUUGCUUUAAAAGAUCCCUUUGGAAACAAGGUCAUAAAUUACUUAUGGGUUAUGGAGAUAUGAUUUUUGAAAUAAAUAUGGCAAUACACAGUA